AUGGGCUCGCGCGCUUAUCAUUCCCAUUUGAAGGGUGUGAUCGCUCUUUGCGUUUAUACCGCUAAAACUGCGCGCGUUAUGCGAAGGCGCGAUGCAUUUGCCGAUGCUUUGGUAAAUAAGGCGUCUGUUGUGGGGAACGUUUUGCGCAAUGUUCGUAUAAAAAAUACUUUGGAACGCGUUGCUUCAGAAGCAAACCGUGCAGAUGGAAUUUCAAGGGGCCUAUCCAUUAACCGCAUAGAAAUUGCAACGGGGUGGUCCUUGCAAAAGGGAGCGUGGGAACUGGGCGAAAGACCCUUUCAGGGCCUUUUUUUCUCCGGCGCCUCUUUUGUUUAA